AUGAGACGGUCCAGCCUCCUCCUCGCAACGCUCGCAGCCCACGCGCUGCACCUCCACGCGCUCGAGGCGCGGUCCUUCGUGCGGCGCCAGGGCCACUGCACGAAGCGCCAGCGACGGGCGCUGCGCGAGCUCUGGCCGGCCUACGGCGUCGACGUGCCCUGGAAUCGCACCAUCGACGACGUCCACGCGCUCUACGGCGCGCCCCGCGCGCGCGCGGUGCUGGACAUCGGCUUCGGCCACGGCGACUCGCUCGCGGGCAUGGCGGCCGCGCGACCGAACGACGCGUUCUUCGGCGUCGAGGUGCACCGGCCCGGCGUGGGCUCGGCGCUGUUGCGCUGCGAAGAACGGGAACUUUCCAACGUGCGCGUGGCGCGCAUCGACGCGUUCACGCUCCUGCGCGACCAUUUGGCGCCGCGCGGCGGCCACUUCGACGAGUGCUGCGUCUUCUUCCCGGACCCCUGGUUCAAGGAGAAGGACGAGCAUCGGCGCUUGAUCCGCCCGGCGAUGCUCGACCUCCUCGCGGUGCACCUCAAGCCGGGCGGGCACCUCCACGUCGCGACGGACGUCGACGGCUACGCGCGCCACGUCGAGGCGACGCUCGCCGCGGACGACCGCUUCGUCGAGGCCCGCCGCGCGACGGACGCGCGGCCCGACUGGCGGCCGGAGACGCAGUACGAGCGCCGCGGCGCGGCGCGCGGCCACGCAAUCACGGACCUGACCUUCGCGCUCCGAUAA